AUGGCUGAUUCUUCUUCUGCUUCGGAUAUUGUCUGUCAAAAAAAAUAUGAUGUGUUUCUUAGUUUCAGAGGUGUUGAUACCCGCGAUACUUUCACCAGCCAUCUCUAUUCCGCUUUAGUUCGGAAGAAAAUUGUGACCUACAUUGAUUACAAGCUUGAGAGGGGGGAUAAAAUUGCACCUAACCUUCUAGAAGCAAUCGAAAAAUCAAAGCUUCCGGUGGUUAUUUUCUCAAAAAACUAUGCUUCUUCCACAUGGUGUUUGGAGGAACUUGCGCAUGUACUAGAAUGCAAGGAUAGAUACGGACAGAUUGUUGUACCCAUUUUUUACGGCAUAGAUCCAUUUGCUCAACUUGAACAACGUUUCAAGGACAGUAUGGACAAGGUGCUCAAGUGGAGGGCUGCUUUGACGGUUGCAGCCGAUAUCUCUGGGUUUGAUGCCUCAAACAAAACAGGGACUGAGGCUGAUUUUGUUGAGAAAGUUGCCCAAGAUGUUUUGAGCAAAUUGAUAUAG